CUCUGCAGAUUGUUAGUAAAUGUAUAUCAAGCAGGCAGCCAAGAAUGAAGAAAGCAAGCCGGAAUAUUAGUUCGGUGCCCAAAGUGCCUGGAAUAACUAAAAUGCAAACAGUAGAGAAAAUUAAAACAGAGACCAGUUCCACAACGUCUGCAGCAACAAAACUUCCAAGAGCAGGAACAGCAGCCUCUUUCCUGAAGACAAAGAGCAACGAUGAUCUUUUAACUGGAAUGGCCGGAGGGAUGAACGUCAGCAACGGGGUCAAAGGGGGCAAGAAGAGUAUUCCUACCUCAACAGCCCCUUCUGCUGCAGGGAACACCACCAUGAAUCCUGCGGAGAGUAAAUCAAAAUCCACUGCAGGUACAAAUUCUUCAGCUAAGCGUAGCACUUCAUCUGGAAAUAAGGAAUCCAGCUCUUCUCGGGAAAGAAUUCGUGACCGUUCGCGACCAACACAAAGCAAAAAACUGCCCCUGACUGGUCAGUCGAACAGCGAUGUCCUUCUUGCAAAACGUUCCCGUAGCCGUGCCAGUCAGGAUUCUGAUCUCCGCAUGAGCAAGUCAAAGUCAGACAAUCAGAUCAGUGAUAAAUCUGUUCUAGAGGCAAAAGUGAAAGAUCUCCUGAUGCUAGCCAAAACAAAAGACGUUGAGAUCCUCCACUUAAGGAAUGAACUAAGAGAGAUGCGUGCUCAGCUGGGCCUUCAUGAAGAUCCGUUUGAGGGUGAUGAAAAAUCUGAGGAUAAAGAAACAAUUGUGAUCCACCAGCCGACUGAUGUGGAAUCCACACUGCUGCAUUUGCAAGAGCAAAACUCUGCCAUACAAGAGGAGCUGAAUCAGCUGAAGAAUGAAAACCGGAUGUUAAAAGAUAGAUUAAAUGCCUUGGGUUUUUCUCUAGAGCAAAGGUUGGAUAAUUCCGAAAAGCUGUUUGGCUACCAAUCUCUGAGCCCAGAAAUAACAACUGGAAGCCACAGCGAUGGUGGAGGAACUCUUACUUCUUCGGUGGAAGGUUCCGCUCCUGGUUCCAUGGAAGAUCUUUUAAGUCAGGACGAGAAUACUUUAAUGGACAAUCAGCACAGCAACUCCAUGGAUAAUCUAGAUAGUGAGUGUAGUGAAGUGUAUCAGCCACUCACUUCCAGUGACGAUGCUUUAGAUGCUCCCUCGUCUUCAGAGUCGGAAGGAUUGCCAAGCAUAGAGACCUCAAGAAAAGGGAGCAGUGGCAAUGCCAGCGAAGUGUCCGUGGCUUGUUUGACAGAACGGAUUCAUCAGAUGGAAGAGAAUCAACACAGCACAGCAGAAGAACUUCAAGCAACUCUUCAGGAACUUGCAGAUUUACAGCAAAUUUCCCAGGAGUUGAACAGUGAGAAUGAAAGGCUUGGAGAGGAAAAGGUUAUCCUCAUGGAAUCUUUGUGCCAGCAAAGUGAUAAGUUGGAACACUUUAGUCGACAAAUUGAGUAUUUCCGCUCUCUUUUAGACGAGCAUCAUAUAUCCUAUGUUAUUGAUGAAGACAUGAAAAGUGGACGCUACCUGGAGCUAGAGCAACGUUUUAUGGACCUUGCAGAGAAUGCACGUUUUGAAAGAGAGCAGCUUCUGGGUGUCCAGCAGCAUCUGAGCAACACUUUGAAGAUGGCUGAACAAGACAAUAAGGAAGCCCAAGAGAUGAUCGGGGCAUUGAAGGAACGGAAUCACCACAUGGAGCGAAUUCUUGACUCAGAGCAGAAAAGCAAGGCCACCCUGGCGGCUACCUUGGAUGAGUACAAAGCUACUGUCUCCAGUGACCAAAUUGAGAUGAACCGGUUAAAAGCACAGCUGGAACACGAGAGGCAGAAAGUUGCUGAGCUCUAUUCUAUACACAACUCGGGUGAUAAGUCAGACAUCCAGGACUUGCUAGAGAGUGUCAGGCUCGACAAAGAGAAAGCAGAGACGUUAGCUGGCAACUUACAGGAAGAGCUUGCUCGGACACGUAAUGAUGCCAACCGUCUCCAAGAUGCCAUUGCAAAGAUAGAAGAUGAGUACAGAGCUUUCCGAGAAGAAGCCAAAAAGCAAAUUGAGGAUCUGAACAUGACCUUAGAGAAAAUACGCACAGAUUUGGAGGAGAAGGAAACAGAAAGGAGUGACAUGAAAGAAACCAUAUUUGAACUGGAGGACGAAGUAGAGCAGCAUCGAGCAGUGAAACUCCACGACAACCUCAUCAUUACUGACUUGGAGAACACAGUUAAGAAGCUUCAGGAUCAAAAGCAUGACAUGGAAAGAGAGAUCAAGACCCUGCACAGGCGGCUGAGGGAAGAGUCUGCAGAGUGGCGCCAAUUUCAAGCAGACUUGCAGACUGCGGUGGUCAUUGCUAAUGACAUCAAAUCUGAAGCCCAGGAGGAAAUUGGAGAGUUGAAGCGCAGGCUGCAUGAAGCUCAAGAAAAGAAUGAAAAGCUCACCAAAGAGCUCGAGGAAAUAAAGUCACGCAAGCAAGAAGAGGAACGUGGCCGAGUUUACAACUACAUGAAUGCUGUGGAAAGAGAUUUGGCAGCCCUGCGGCAAGGCAUGGGGCUGAGCCGGAGGUCCUCCACCUCUUCGGAACCAACCCCCACGGUCAAAACACUCAUCAAGUCCUUUGAUAGCGCCUCACAAGUUAUAUAUGCUACAGAAAGGAACCAGAAAGGAACCAGUCGCACUUCGGGCCAAAUCAUAUGGGACAAUGCAUCAUCAGACUUUUCUGUUACCUACAAAGAAAAUCUACACUCCGUCCUUUGGGUUCCUAGUCCUGCUGGAGCUACAGUCCCCCGAACUCCACUGAGCCCAAGUCCUUUGAAAACCCCUCCGGCAGCCGCUGUCUCCCCAAUGCAGAGACAUUCCAUCAGUGGACCAAUCUCUUCUCCUAAGCCGCUUGCAACUUUAUCAGACAAAAGGUCCAGCUAUGCGGAAAUUCCAGUUCAAGAUCAUUUGUUGAGAACUUCUUCUACCAGCAGACCAGCUUCUCUGCCAAGAGUUCCUGCUAUGGAAAGUGCUAAAUCGCUCUCUGUGUCUCGCCGAAGCAGUGAAGAAAUCAAACGGGAGAUGACCACUCCCGAUGGAACAUCUCCAGCCUCCCUCGUAGCAAUUGGGACCGCUUCGCCACAACUGUCACUCUCAUCUUCACCAACAGCAUCGGUCACUCCUACAACACGGAGUCGAAUAAGAGAGGAGAGGAAGGACCCUUUGUCUGCCCUGGCAAGGGAGUAUGGGGGCUCCAAGAGAAACGCCCUGCUGAAGUGGUGCCAGAAGAAGACCGAGGGCUAUGAGAAUAUCGAUAUCACCAACUUCAGCAGCAGCUGGAACGAUGGCUUGGCGUUCUGUGCUGUCCUCCAUACUUACCUCCCGGCACACAUUCCCUACCAGGAGCUGAGCAGUCAGGACAAGAGAAGAAAUUUCACGCUUGCUUUCCAGGCCGCUGAGAGCGUUGGCAUCAAAUCCACCUUGGAUAUUAAUGAAAUGGUACGAACGGAGCGUCCAGACUGGCAGAAUGUUAUGCUCUAUGUCACAGCAAUUUACAAAUACUUUGAAACUUGAGAGCAGGAACAGUGGAGAGAAGCAGAAACUCAAGACUGUACCCUAAAACCAACUGGCCUCUUUUGGUGGACCCCUCUGGUCAGUUGAGUGAGCCAGGUCUAAUUACCAGAAUGAUUGGGCAAACUCAACAUUAAGUGUUAACGAAGAUUUCAUCCUUUUCUUGCCAGAGACUAAACUGAAUAUAAGCUGCAAAAAGCACAAGGCUAAAGAAGGUCAUCUGACUGUAUCACAAAGACUUUCUUUAGAAAGUGUUCCUAAAAGUUUGGUAAAUAUUAAUUUUGUGACACCCCAAUGCUCCCCAGAGCAGAAGAAGUGGCUUCUGGUAAUCUCAUCAAAGCCCUUUGAGAUCAUCUCCGUCUCUUCAGUAAAAGAAGUUCAAAGGUGCCUUCUCCUUGCCACCUUCACCUGAUCGCAGGGGCUGUCCCACCGGGGCUGUGCGCAGCUGAGAAGUCAUGUCUUAAGGCUGCCUCUUCCGAGGUUCGAUUGCAAUAAAGGCCCUGCGUCAAUUAAAUGGGGGGAUCUGGGAGAGCAGGCGGAUCACCCCCAGAGUCCAGGAGACAACCAUAUGGAGAUCAGUUGACUUUUCCUUGGGAAGAACUAACCUCUUUCUUCUUGGCUUUUCUUUUUGGUGGUGCUCCAGAUAAGUUUAUUUCAGGUGAAGAGAACGUUUGGGUCACAGGACAGGAUAAACUUUUCAAAAACUGGUCAGCAUAAGGCUCUUGCCCCUGUGGGGUUUUUGCCAGGGGCUUUGCAGCUUUUCCAACUGCUUAGCUGCUGUUCCUGUCUAUGGACCGAAAGAAAAGGGAUUUCUGGGGGUCUCCCUGUGCAGCACAUUGAAGGGAAUGAUGCGUGUCCCGCUCUGCAGGCUGUGCUCUUGGGAUUAAAACUGGUUUAAUAGGCGGAAUUAGUCCUGAUCAGGAGAUGGAAGAACAACUUUGGGUUUCCACCUGUGGCUUUAAAUCAACCUGGCCCAAAACCCUGUGGGGGGAGGCGAGUGCCUCACCUGCCCCUGGGAGAGCAGCAGCAGCCACCAGGACCAAGGAGCUUCAGGGAGUGCUCCCCCUCCCCUGGGAGACCUUGGCAAAGAGGUAGUGCUAGGAUUUGCUGCUGGGCAAUGAAAUAAGAGAUUUCUUUCACCACCACCCCUUUCCCUGGAGGGGCCAAGUGUCAAUCUGCUCACACCCGAAGAAAACAAGUCUGUUUUCAAGUUUUUGAAUAUGUCUGUUACCUUUUCUUUGCAAAUGUACUUUGCUUUUCCCACUCAACGUAAUUUUGCAUUCUUCAAUGUGCCUGGCAAAGGACUUUGAAUGUUGCCGGUGUGUGAGCUGUCGAGAAUAUAAUCCAGUUCCACAAUUUAGCCUUGAAAACACUCUGGAUGGGCAUUGAGACCAGUCAGAAUGAACUCUGAAGAAUGUAGCCAAAAAGUGUUCUUGUGCCUCUUGUACGUCAUUCACAGUGCAAAAACAUUUUACAAACUGUCAGCUGCCAAGUGGGUUCCCCUCUCCAAUGCUCAGUUUCCUCAAGGAGCCUGCAAAUACCGACAGAUUUGCCUUGGGAUUCCCUCUGUGCAGAUUCGCAUUAGAGGAAAUAGAUGGGGAACUAGCUCUAUGCCUCCCAGCAUCCUUCUGUUGGCCUUAAAAAGAGUCUUUGCACCAAACGGUGCCCUGGCCACCCCUGAACUCUCUGAACAUGAGGAAGGAAGGAGGCCUUCCGCCUCUUCUUCCAGAGUCUAAAUUAUGAGGCCUUGUGUCCUGUGCCCCCCUCCCCCAAUUGUAUUG